AUGCCACCGAAACGGGGCUCUUCAAAACGGAAAACAGUCGUUCAAGGAAGUAAUUCAACAAAAUCCAAAAGUAUUACAACCUUUUCAACAGCCUCUACAACAACAUCCACAACAAGCCUCGCAACCACUUCUACAACCGUGGCAACAGAAAAGAUCAACAAGCCCCCACAGACCCAAAGUGAGAGCAAAGUUGAAGAAAAUAAUGCACGUCAACAUGCCUUUUUACUCGAGAGCAGUCAUCUGGUAGAUCGACCACUUAAACGGUUCCGAUCGGAAGACAACAAACUAUACUAUGAGAAAUUUGUGAAAGAGACAACAUUACUACGGAGAGAGAAGACUUAUCCCGCCUAUAUGGAUGCCAUUUUUUCUUCGUUUGAAAACUUCAGUCUGGAAGCCUUUGAUCCCGGCUUUAAUGCGAUCUUCAACAAAAAGUCUGACAAAAGUAUGAUCAGCAACAAAAGCAAAAUCAGCAACUCAUCGCACAUCUCAAGAGAGAUCAAAAAAGAACUUUCUCACUCUUCAGAAUCUUCAACCGAACAAACAAAGACAUAUACUGCAACUGACAGUAACCAUACGGAAAGCAGUGGGCUCUCAUCGUCUAAAUCAUCGGAACUGCUAUCUUCAAAUGAAUUUCUGUUUUAUCGUCGAAGCUCACUAGAUCUUUUAUCAGUUGCCUCUGAGCUAUCGCCCGUUGACGUAUCUGACGGCGUUAUCGAAUUGGCUGACUUGGAAGCCGGCUCCUUCUCUGUAAGUUCAACCACUGUUAUCGACCACGAGACAAGCAGUAACAAGCCGAGCGGCAGAACAGAUACAAGUAGUAUAUCUGAGGACCAAGAUUUUUCAGCUACAGAUACUACAACAACAAUAUCACGUAAUGAUAACCGUGAUAAACGUGAUACACGUGAUACGGAAAGCCAUGCCCUUAAAAAUGUAGCUACGGAAUCAAGGGCUACCCAUAGGAUGACGCUUCGUAAACGAAAGUAA